AUGACGCCGACGGCGCCGCUGCCGCCCGAGUGGCUCGUGCGCGUGUCCCGCUCCAAGGGCAAAGUCUACUACUACCACACGCUCACCAGGAAGACGCAGUGGUCUCGCCCCACGCCCGAGGAGCGCCCGAAACUGGACAACGACCAUGAAACGACAGUUGUAGAGCACAAGCAGAGCGUGCUCCACGCGCUCAUCGUCGCCUCCAUGCGCGUCGGGGGCAGCUCCGUGACCCGCGGGACCAAGAGGGCGGUGGUCUUCACCCCGUGGACGCACCAGUUGACGGCCGUGGAGAACGUCAUCACUGCCAUCCAGACGCGGACAGUGGAGGACGAUGCAGCGUCCACAACGGCAGAGCGGUUCCUAUUGCAGCACAGCACGGGAGCAGGCAAGACGCUGACUAUCGCCGCAUUAUCACACCAGCUACUGUACGUCAAGGACGCGCGGUCCCUGCGGUUCCACACGGUGGUGGUCAUGCUGGACCGAGUCAAGCUCAACGAGCAGGUAGGAGACGCCGUGGAGAGGUACCUGCAGCAGAACGGCGUGGACGAAGUCUUCCGCGCCGAGAGCAUCGAGCACCUGGCGGGGCUGCUGGACGCGUCGGCGCAGAAGCAGCAGCAGAGUCCGCAGCGGGUGAUUAUCACCACGACCCACAAGAUGGGGCUGCUCGUGAGAGACGAUGUGCUGCUGACGAGGCUGCUGCACCGCAGCUCGAGUGCCAAGCGGGGCGCUGGUGAGGGGGCGGAUGAGGAGGAGAGUGGGGACGACGCAUUCCAGCGCGUUGCCAUCAUCACGGACGAAGCGCAUCGUUCGCACACGUCGUCUACGCGCGACGCCAUUGAGAAGGUCAUGAAGGCAGGGGAAGGCAGCCAGGCCCAGCUUACGUUCAUAGGUUUUACGGCAACACCGAAUACAGAUGCGCUCGAGCUGUUUGGCUCCUCCACUGACGACGGGUUCCGACACCCGUUCCACUGCUACCCCAUUGCGCAAGCUACAGAGGAUGGUCGCAUCAUGAAUACGCUUGAUAACUACACGUGUAUGAGCUGCGAGGUGGAGACGUCGGUGUUUCCGAAGCUAGUUCAGGAGUUGUUGCGGACGACUCGAGGCGUUCGGCGGCGUAUUAUUGACCAUGCAAGUGACGACGUCGCCGUACUCAAAGCCAAAGCUUUGGUCAUGAUGACGGACUUUCAGGCCAUGAAGCGAGACCAUCCCAAGGUGAAGUGCAUGAUCGUGGUCCGCAGUCGCCAGGAUGUCGUGCGCUACUACACGCUAAUCACCACGUUCGUCAAAAAGAAGAAGCUCGGCUGGAAUUGCUACGCUGCCUUCAAGCAGACGCUGAACGAUCGGAGCGUCACGCUGGCCAUCAGCGACAUUGUCGUUGUCUGUGAUAAGCUAGAUACGGGCUACAACGAACCGCUGCUGGCGUGUAUGUACGUGGACCGCUACUUACGCUCAAGUGCGCACACGGUGCAGCUUCUCAGUCGUUUGAAUCGUCGCCACAAGCACAAGCCCAGCGUCCGCGUCCUCGACUUCGCCAACAACGCAGCUCAGGUACGGCGCGGUUUCGCCGAUUUCUGGCAAGAAGCCAAGACGCCGGAGUCGUCUGAUGUGAUCGACGAAGCGGCCGAGAAGAUGGAUCUAGUGACGGCCAUCGCUGUGCUCUGUGACCACUUCCCGGAUCUUUGUACUGCCCCGAUCGAUAUUGAGGAUCCGCGGAGCUUUGUGUCGGAACGCAUAUUACCGUUAGAGCGCGACGCUUUCCAGCAAGUUGUGGACUCGCUUCGUGGGGCUGUAAUAGCCUUCAAGAGGCUAGAGCAGGCUGGAUGUGAUGAAUUCUUCGACUUGGUUUCUCCGUUCAGCUACUAUUUACUCUACGAGCUCAAGAAGGAGACCGAAAGCCACCUUGUUGCGGUAGAAGCGGAGGUUGAUCUGUCUCUGGAUGACAUCAAAGCGAAGAUGUCAGCUCGAAUGCGGAAGUGCCACAAGUCAUAUUCCGGUUCACUGUAUCCCCAAUCGCUCUUGGUACGUCGAGUUCUUUGCCUUGCUGUUAGUGCAGUUGGUCUUACCAAUGAAAAUGUGGACUUGUAG